AUGGAUUCAAAUGCGUUUCAUUUACACGAGAACAUUUUUGACUCAAGGUUCGCUAAACUAACAAAUGAAUUAAAUAUUCUAAUUUUGGAUAUUCCACAGACAAAAAAUGAUAAUUUCAUUCUGGAGAAACAAAGCUACAUAUGGUUUUGUUCGCACAAAACACUUUUAUCUGGAGCACAAUCAAAAUUUUCCUUAUUAAGCAACGUCACAAAACAAGCAAGUUUAACUUCAGUGAAUGAUUCCAUUCAUGAAACUCAUCAAGAUUUAGCAAGCUCAUUUGUGAACGAAGUUAAUAAAAGCUUUAAAUUAGUUAUUUACUUGACCAACGGACUUCAAUUUAACUAA